AUGGUGCUGCGCAGGAGGAAGGAGCUCAAGCUCAUCCCUGCAGUCGUCUUGCUGCUUGUAUCUCUGAUGGUGUUGAUGUUGCAGGCUGCAGAGAGUGCAGCAGGGAGCUCAUCAUCUUCUUGCUCUUGUGAUCGCCAUGGAGGAGCUGCAGUGAGGCUGCUUCAAGUCCAAGGGAGAAGAAUGUUAGCUGGUCAUGGCGAGGUACUUGCGAAUGGAUUAAUGGAGCACGUCAACAAGGGAGGUGGAGAUGUGAUUGGCGAGGAGGAGAAGAGGGAGGUCAUCACUGGGCCUAAUCCACUUCACAACAGAAGAUAG